AUGUGUGAAAGGUCAGAACAAUUAUAUGAUACUGGUAAUAAUAGCAAUAAUUUUGAGAUAUCUGAUCUAGAGGAUAAUAUAAAUGUUACAGACCCAAAUGGCAUUGAAAUAAUGAGGUCUAGAUCCAGGUCCAUAACAUCGGACCAUAUAAGAUACCCAACGACGUUCAAUUUGGAUAGACGAUCUAAAUGGGAACAAUUCAAAUUAAAACAUAUAGAUCCAAACCUUGGUUUGAUUAUGCUUAUUGCAUCUCAAUUUUUCAAUACUUUAAUGAUUGUAUCCACCAAACUGUUGGAGACAAACCCUGAUAGGGAGGCUAAGAUUAAACCAUUACAAAUUUUGAUGAUUAGAAUGGCCAUCACAUAUUUGGGAACGAGAGUAUAUAUGCAUGUAUAUAGAGAGAAUAUUCCUUAUGUCCCAUAUGGUGAUCCUGAAAUAAGGAAAUGGUUGAUUUUGAGGGGUUGUGCUGGGUUUUUUGGUGUCUUUGGAAGUUAUUUCUCCCUAAUGUAUUUAUCCAUUAGUGAUUCGGUUCUAAUUUCUUUUUUAUCCCCAUCUUUAACCAUCAUUUUGGCAUGGAUUGUACUUAGAGAGAAAGUUCAUAGAUAUGAGGCCUUCGGUUGUAUUUUAUCAUUAUUAGGAGUUGUUUUAAUCGUUAGACCUCUCUUCUUAUUUGGUAAUAGUUUUAUGAAUGAUAAUAGUGAUGCUACUAAUAUGGAUUUGAGUAGUCCGGGCGAUGGAUCAAUGGACACUGUAUCAUAUAAUCCUGUUGAAUCUAGUAAUCCAAAGGAAAGAUUAAUUGCUGCUUUAGUAGCUCUAUGGGGUACUUUUGGUAUGGCUUCGGUAUAUAUCAUAAUUAGAUAUAUUGGUAAAAGAGCACAUGCAAUUAUGUCGGUCAGUUAUUUUUCUCUAAUCACAUUGAUUAUAUCAACUAUAGGAAUUUUCACUAUCUCAUCAAUGAAAUUCCAAAUGCCAAAUUCUUUAAAAGAGUGGGGGUUAUUUUUAAACUUGGGUAUCUCAGGGUUUUGUUUUCAAUUAUUAUUGACGCUUGGUAUCCAAAGAGAAAGAGCAGGUAGAGGGUCGUUGAUUGCAUAUACUCAACUUAUUUAUGCUUUAAUGUGGGAUAUCUUUCUUUACCACCAUAUUCCAUCUAUUUGGUCUUUCUUUGGAAUGUUUAUUAUUAUUGGCAGUGCACUAUAUGUUUUAAAGUUAAGAAACGAAAAGCAAAGUAAUGAAGACAAUCAAAGUAUAAUUGGAGAAGAGAGAGAAUCUGAGUUAAACUGUAAUUUUGAUUUGGAAGACAAUAGUCUAAUUCACAAAGAUUCAAGUGAUAUCGAUAUUCCAUUGCAUGAAAUAACAUCAAGAUCUUCAAGACAUUCUAAAGUGAUAAAUGAAUUUGUGAAUACAUGA